AUAUUCUCUUCACUUUUUGGUACAUCCCCGGAAUAUCUGUAUCCCGCCCACUGGGGGCUGGAGCUCCGUCGGAAGCCUAUCUUUGUUACACACCGAUCAUCGUGUGAGAAAACAUGGGGAGGACGUGGAAAGAAGCAUAAUUGAUCGAGGCUUUUCGUCUUUUGCCUGACAUUUGUGGCGAUGGCUAAGCAGUACGAUGUGCUCUUCAGACUGCUGCUUCUCGGAGAUUCUGGGGUUGGGAAAACGUGUUUGUUGUGCAGGUUCACGGACAACGAGUUUCACCCGUCUCACAUCUCCACCAUCGGUGUUGAUUUCAAAAUGAAGACACUAAUAAUAGAUGGUAUCAAAGUGCGAAUUCAGAUAUGGGACACUGCAGGCCAGGAACGCUACCAGACGAUCACCAAGCAGUAUUACAGACGUGCACAGGGCAUUUUUCUGGUUUAUGACAUUACAAGUGAGCGGUCUUUCCAGCAAAUCAUGAAGUGGGCGAGUGAUGUGGAUGAGUAUGCACCUGACAAGGUCCAGAAGAUCCUUGUAGGGAAUAAAUCAGAUGAAGUGGACAAGAGGCAGGUAGCCACUGAACAAGGUAGAAAGCUGGCCAAAGCUUAUGGAAUGAACUUCUUUGAGACAAGUGCCUUCACCAACCACAAUAUAACAGAGACUUUCACAAGACUCGCUGAGCAGGUGCUGGCAGCCAAUAGAAAGGACCUAGACCUUCUUCGGAUGUCCAUUCAUGAUGAGCUUAACCUCGCUGCUCUGGAUGAUGGACUUUGUGACACUCUGAUGUCUAGCCAGCACAAAGACUGCUGGUGUUGAAGGAAUAACAAAUCAUUAAUCGUUCUCCGACACUCAUAUGUCUACAUUUACAGUAUCUAUUUAGAGGCAUGACUCACUACAAAUGUGGAACCAGCUGUUUUCAUCUACUGCUUUAGUGUAUUCAGCACAUUUGUUUAACUUGACUUUAAAGUUGGUCAUAACUCAUCAAAUCCAUUCACUGAAGUUACCACAAGAGGGUGCUAUAACCAUUGCAAAAACAGCAGCCACAAAGAAUUUGUUCAUUUGUGCCAGAUGAGAACAGUUUUAUUCUCUGUUCUGUUCAUAAUUGCAGGAGCAAUUGGUACCUUUAACUUGGAUUAUGUAUUUUACUUUUCUAUUGCAUUCACAUAAAGGUUGGUAG